AUGGCGAUGCUUAACAUCCCCACUUCCGUCGAUGACCCAGCCUACAGGUACAAGAUGCCUCGGAUCGUCUCGAAGAAAGAAGGUCGAGGUAACGGCAGUAAAACGGGCAUCAUGAACAUGGGUGACGUGGCAGGUGCGCUGAAGAGGAAACCAGAGUACUGCGCAAAGUUCUUUGGGUACGAGCUCGGGGCACAGACUUCUUACUCGAACAACAAAGACACGGGAGAGCGCACUGUCAUCAACGGCCACCACGAGACCAAGGUCUUCCAGGAUCUCCUCGACAAGUUCAUCGAGAAGUACGUCCUGUGCCAGAACUGCAACCUUCCCGAGAUCGACAUGGUGGUCAAGAAGGAUCGGAUCAUGGCAGGUUGCAAGGCGUGCGGCUGGAGUGGAGAGCUGGACCCAGCUCACAAGUUGGCGAACUACAUCGUCAGCCACCCCCCCGACACCGGAAUCGGCUUCGACGCCGACACUGGCAAGAAAGCCAAGGCCAGCAGAGAGGAGCGCCAGAAGGCGCGCGAGGAGCGUAAGCGCCUUGAAGCAGAGGGCGGCGGCGACGCCGCCUCGGACGAGGAGAAGAAGGCAAAGAAGGACAAGAAGGACAAAAAAGAGAAGAAGGAGAAGAAGGCGAAGAAGGAGAAGAAAGAUGAUGGGGAGGACGACGACGAGGACGACGAGGAUGAGGAAGGCGAGAAGAAGGAGAAAAAGGAAAAGAAGGCUAAGAAGGACAAGAAGGACAAGAAAGACAAGAAAGACAAGAAGGAUAAGAAGGAGAAGAAGGAGAAGAAAAAGAAGGCCAAGGACGACUCCGACGACGACGAUGACGAAGACGGCGACAAAUCUGACGAUGACCAGACGACCAAAUACGGGGACGACGCCUGCAAGUCGCUGAUCGCCGACAUGGUCGCGUGGUCAGAGAAGCAGGGGAAGCUAACGCCUUCCGCCCUGUUCGACGAGCUGCGGCCAAUGCAGGUGACCCUGCGCUUUGACAACUCCCUGCGGAUGUUCGUGGUUCUAAGCAUCCUAUUCAAGGAUGGAGACAUGAAGGCGAAGGGUGUCACAGACAAUAAAGCAAUCAUCAAACACUUCGUCACCAACGGGAACGUUGAAUUUCCAGACUGGAUCUGGGGCUUCGACGCGUUCCUCGAUGCUAAUCCGCAGUCCUUGAAAGGCUAUCCGAUGGUGCUGAAGGCGCUAUACGACGAGGAUAUCGCAGAUGAGAGCGGCAUCCUGAAGCACUACAAGGCGGAGAAAAGCACGCCCGGUUUCGAGGCUGCCGCCAAGGUCGCCGCGCCAUUCCUGAAGUGGCUCGAGACCGCCGACGACAGCGACGAGGAGUCCGGCUCCGGCUCCGGCUCUGGGUCCGACUCGGACUGA